GUGAGAUACGGCUCGGAGAAGAUCAAUUACGAAUACUCGACACCGUAUCAGGAUCAGAAAAUAGCGUAUCCCGAAAUACCAACGGUAAACAGCGGUCAGAAUCCCCGCAAGGAGAACAGAUUCUACGGAAACGUGAGACCAUUGCGACCUUACACGACGAACGGCCUAAGGGAGCACCCGCCUAGGAAGCAACCGGCCAAACCUAUCCACGGUAAUCUUCGAGAUGACUACGUCCUCGAUUAUAAUGUCAGGCCGGCGGCAACGCCCCUAUUAAUUACCCGGUCAAGGAUUUCCAGGAUCAUCGGCAAGUCCCUCUCUAUCCAAACAUGUUGGAACUGAUACCAGGUUUGAAGCAACCGUCCUUGCCUCCCCAAUUACCACCGCGAAACCCUAACGUGAAUCUUCAGCAGAUAGUGGAGAGCUUCCAGCUGAGCGAACGUUUGCCGGAAACGUUGAACAACGACAAUAUAGAUAAUAGCCUGAGGAUGCUGGUCGAGAUACUGAACAUUCUGCACAGUACGAAGAAGGAAGAAUUCCCCCAGAUUCAGGCGCCUCCUCUAACGCCUGCCAGGGUGCCGCAGAAGACGGCCGCCAACUUUAAAGCACGGCCGCAUACGAGGCCGAAAGUGAUCACGGAGUCGAGAUUUCAAGCUACGCCCAAUCCUGUGUACCUGACCGACGAUCCUGAACGAUACAAGGCGACCUCCUCGUACGAGGAAGAGGGGAAACCGAAAGGAUCGCCUCAAUCGAGUUACAACGCGAACAGUUUGACGAACAACGUGGUGGAAUAUUACAUACCCGUGGUGCAAGAGAUACCAACGAGAUACAAAGAGGCAUUCCUAUCUACGAUCAGACCUGAUGAGCCGCCUGUCGAUCAUUCUUACGCGAUCACGGAAGACAUAAGGGACGACAUAUUGCAGAAGGAACAAUUCUCGUUGCCGUUUCUUACCACCCAGAGCCCGCUUUAUACCGAGCCCGACGAGGUUUCGACCUCGAAGCAAACUUCUGCUCCACAGACAGCAGUGAAGUAUGGCGCUACGCGAGGAAAGGCUAACGUCGAUUAUCCAGCCUAUUCUAGUAUACCGCGUACGAAUUUCAGCUGCAAGGAACAACGGUAUAAAGGAUUCUUUGGCGAUCCAGAGACUGGAUGCCAGGUAUGGCAUUAUUGCGAUCUUAACGGUGGUAAAUCGUCGUUUUUAUGCCCGAAUGGCACGAUAUUCAGUCAAGUGGCGUUGACGUGCGACUGGUGGUUCAAUGUUAAAUGCGAAACUACGACUCAAUUGUACGUGUUAAAUGAACGACUUUACAAGUAUAUACUGCCGAUAAUGCCAAAAUUUCCAGAGGAUUUCACCGGUCCAGAGGUGGAUCGGUAUUUGGAAAUCAAGUUUAAGGAGAUGGAAGCGAAAUUGAAAGAGAAAAAACUGAAGAAGCAGCAGGAAGAGAAAGAAAAAGAGAAAGAGAAAGAAAAAGAAAAGCUUAAGAAUAAGCAACAAGAGAAAAAAAUAAUUGAUAUAUCUAAUUUAUAAUUAUUUUAGUUUGUUAAAUUAUUGUAAUUUUGCUGGUUCAAAUCUAGCAUGCAUUUACCGUAUCUUUGUUGCCAUUAUUUAUUAUAAAUAGCAACGAAUGAUUAAAGGUUGUGUCACUUACAUAUCUUCGGAUGUGAAGAAAUUUUGUGAAACUUAAAAAUGUGCAAUAUUUUUUUUUAUAGAUUUAUAUGUGAUUUUCUUUUUUUAUAUAACAUAUAUAUAUAUAUUAUUUUUUUUUUAGCGUAUAAGAAAAAUUUGUUUAUAAGAUCUCUACAUUGAAGAAAUCAAAUUAUUUUAUCACGAUGAAAUAUUUAAAUGUUUUAUAUCUAAUUAUUCAAGCCCUUAAAACAAUUAUAAAUGCGAACGGACACGGAUAAUCGAUAAUAUCAAUAAGUAUUUCUCUUUCCCCUCUAGUCAUAUUUGUACAGUGUAAUUAUUUAUAACAAGAUUUAAUGUACUACUUUAUAGAAAAUUAUUACAUUUAUACAUGCAUUUCAAAGACUAAUAUUGGUCUUUAAUUUGUUAAAUACAUCAUAUACAACAUAUUCAAUGAUAAACAAAUAUAUAACAAAUUAAUUUGGAAAUUUCUCACUUUUAAGGGAAAAAUUUCUAUAAUUAAAAUUAUAUAUUGUGACAAAUUAAUUCUUAAAGUUUAUAUUUGUACUCAAUAUUAUGUCACAAAUAUGAAAUAAAAUUAUUUAUUUAUCAUUUAAUACGGACAAUUUCUUAUGACACAUGCAACAUAAUUCCUAAUAAUUUUUUCAAAUAUCUAGUAACUUUUUCAUUAAAACAUACAGAAAAUUGAUUAAAAACUUACCUUUUGCGCCUGUUGAACUCUCUUGAAGUUCUCGGACACGUCAUCAAACACUUUAUAGAAUUCUUCCAACAUUUCUUCAUUCUAAAUAAACAUUAAAAUAAAAAAAUAUAUUAUUUUAUAUACAUUAUUUUUUAAAAUGCAUUAAUUAAAUCAUUCAUAUCAUAUCAUAUUUACAUAAUAAAUUAAUACAAACCUUCUUAAGUAAUGGUUGAUAAAUAUGUGUUUUGUGCGAUCGUAACAUACAAUGUGAACAGCCUGAUAUAUCACAAUUUUGGCAAUAAUAUCCUACUGGUUCGUUACACCGUUCUGAACACGUAUUUCUUAUGGUAAAAGAAUUUUCAUUACUCUCUUCUGUUAAUAUUAUAUUUGUAUGAUUUUGUAGUGCUUUCCCAUGAAUCUAACAAAAAAUAUAAAUCCAAAUAUUUGUUUAAGA